AAUAAUGGUGGUAGCAGAAGCCAAUUCUUCCCCAACCAGAAAGAUGAGCAACCCCAGCGGAGCCAUCCCCACCAUUGAUCUCUCCCUCUCCGCCACCGACCGCCGAGCCCUCUCCGGCCUCCUCGUCGAAGCCUGCGAAGACUAUGGCAUCUUCAAGCUCAUCAACCACGCCGUCCCCCGGGGCGCCAUUUCUAGAGUUGAAGAAGAAGUGGCUGCUUUCUUCGCCAAGCCCACCCCCGAGAAGCUCGCCGCCGCCCCUACAGAUCGUCCUACCACCGGUGGCGGUGGCAAAACCACCCGCUUUGGCUACGGCGUCAAAAACAUCGGCGCCAACGGCGACAUGGGAGAGAUUGAAUAUCUUCUCCUCUCCGCCAACCCCUCCUUGGUCUCUCAACUCGCCCACUCCAUCUCCAAUAACCCAUCAAAAUUCAGUUGUGCUGUGAAUGAUUACAUGGAAGCAGUAAAAAAUCUAGCCUGCGAGCUCCUGGAUCUCCUAGCUGAGGGCUUGUGUAUUCCAAACAAAUCCAUCUUCAGCCGUCUGAUCUCAGACGUCCAAAAUGACUCACUUUUCAGAAUCAAUCACUACCGUCAAUCACCCGACUUCGAUAACAAUAAUAUCGGAUUUGGAGAACACUCCGACCCUCAGAUCAUGACCAUCUUGAGAUCAAACGACGUCGAUGGCCUCCAAAUCUCAUUGGACGAUGGCUCCUGGAUUCCUGUCUCUCCUGAUCCCACUGCUUUCUAUGUCAUGAUUGGUGAUCUAUUUCAGGUUUUAACAAAUGGAAGAUUUGUGAGCAUAAAGCAUAGGGCAGUGGCAAACACAGGGCCAAAGCCAAGAAUGUCAAUGGCUUACUUUGGAGCACCAUCUUUGGAUGCAUGGAUCUCUCCUCUACCACAAAUGGUAAACCCUAAUCAACAAAGCCUUUAUAGGCCUUUCACUUGGGCCCACUACAAGUCUCACAUUUACUCUUUUCGUCUAGCUGGUUCAAACAUCGACACCUUCAAGAUCAAAUCUUAAUUAUCGAUGAAAAUUACUUAGAUGCUUAUCGGUCAUCACUCAUCUUUGUAUAUUCAUCGACCACCGUUAAAUUUUUGACAGGUAAAAAAG